UUCGCUUAUAAGAUGAUGCGAUCGGAAUAUAAGAUCGGCCACAUCCAAAUCAAGCGCGACUCGUUCGAUAUAAAAUCCAGGGAUUCCCCGAACCAAAGCAUUUUAGCGACUCGCGCGAGAGGAGUACACGAGCAAAUCUCACGCUGGCGCGCGCGCACCAACCACUCUGUCACGACAAAGGAUUCUGUGCGGUGAACUGAUGGCGAAACCCAUACCCAACCUCUGAAUUUUCGCUCCACAAUCUCUUUGUUUCGUUGCUAAAUCCCCCGCGCGCACAACCCACCUCCGUCUCCAUCUCUAUCUCUCACUCUACUCUCUCUCCCUCUCCCCCUUUUGUCAAUGGUGGAAUCGCCCGGGAGUUGAAAAAGAAAAUCUUUUUUUCCCAUUAGAUGACUCGCUGUGUCGACAGGGAAUAAUGGACGAAUCUCUCUCUAGCUUCCUUUGCCAGGAGAGUGAGGCCUGCUUGGAUGAUCGUGGACUCGUCGAGGAAGAUGAUGAGUUCGGUGACUUGAGCGAUCGUAAUGACGGCUCUGGCGAUUGUAGUUUGCACGAUGAGGAGUAUCUGCAAAUGCUGUUCGAUAGAGAGACCCGUUCCGGGUCCAAGAGAGACGAGGCUCUUGAUCCGGGGAAGUGGAUUACAUCGGCUCGCUUCAACGCGCUCUCGUGGAUUCUCAAAACUAGAGAAGUGUUUGGAUUUCGCUUCCAGACGGCGUAUCUGGCGAUGACGUACUUCGAUCGGUUCCUUUCCAGGCGGUGCAUCGAUAGUGAGAAAUCAUGGGCAAUUACGUUGCUGUCGGUGGCUUGCCUCUCUCUGGCCGCGAAGAUGGAGGAGCUGUGUGCUCCGCCGCUGUCGGAGUACGAGACAGAGGAUUACUACUUCCAAAGCAAGGUAAUCCAGAGGAUGGAGCUUCUGGUGCUGAACACAUUGGAGUGGAGGAUGGGCUCGAUCACGCCUUUUGCCUACCUACAUCACUUCGCUGCAAGCUUACACAAGGAGCCUUCCCAGAGCGCGGUCGCAUCCCAAAGUGUCAAUCUCAUCUUGGGCAUCAUGAAAGAGAUCAACCUGGCUGAUCACAGGCCAUCUUCUAUAGCAGCCGCUGCCACAUUGGCUGCGUUGGAUGAUUCAUUGACAAGAAAUGCACUGGAGUGUAAAAUAAGCCGCAACUGUUCUUUUCACCAAAGCCUGGACAUUGAUGCUGUGUUCUCAUGUUACGGUCAAAUGAGGAGGUUGGACAAGGAGAUGCUUCAAAUGGCCAAGUCUUCGUACUGGCCAGAGCUAACCGUCAGCCAUUUGAGGCCACUAGACUUUUCUGAGAUCUCUUCUGUUACUUGUGCUAUGAGCACCAAAAGGAGAAAGCCUCCAUCCAAUGAUCAAGAUCAAGCUCCUGUUGCUCGGGCCGAUAAGCGACGCUGCUAACGAAACCUUCGAGACGGUAGGAACUCGGGGUUGAUAAUUGGUCAUCUCAGUCUACACAUGGCGACAAGAGAAUAACGAGUAUGGAAUACAAUGUGGAAAAGCAUAAAGGGAGGGCAUCAAAAGCAAGCUUUGGGCUUCAUCCUAAAGCUGAUUUUUCAUUUAAGGGAAAGCCACACACCGACCUUUGGGGAAAAAGUCCAGAAUCUCCAGAUAGAGGGGUCUUGAAAGCUGCUUCCGAGUGGGUCAAUGUCCGGUUGCGCAACGAUUUUGAUUUUCUGAUGAUGUUUUCUCUUUCUUUUGUUCGAGCCUGACCUUUCUCGAAUUCUUAUUUAUUUGUUUAUUUAUUUAUUUUGGGGGUCUAAGACUAAGAGGUCUAGAACAAGCAAACCCCUGGCUUUUGAUUUGGGAUUUGCUUUUGGUUGUUUGCUGCCUGCGUUAUUAGGUUUGAUUUGAUGCAUCAAGUGUUGGAAGUUGGCCAUCCAGCCAAAGAAAAAGAGAGAGUUGACAUGUGAUGUGAGGAAAGAAAAGGUGGAAGUGGAAGUGAAUGUGAUUGGAUUUGUUUGAAUGUUUGGGGGAUACCUUUCAACGGCAGGGGCCCUGUGUCCUCUUCCUGCGGAACCUGCCUGUUUCCAAGGGAUCAUGGAUCAUCAAAGGCAUUGUUUGUUGAUUUUGAAGGGUACUUCCAUUUUUUAUGCUGCUUUUUUGAAUUGGA